AGGCGUGGCUUGCUCAAUGGACCUCAACCAAGCAACAUGGACAGCUUGAAAGCAACUUCUCCUUCAAGCCUACUUCUUCAUCAAUGUAACGACCUGGUUCACCUGCAGGGUAUAUUACUGACCCGCAGUGUGGAGGAGCAGCAAGAGAGUAGCUUCAGACAGACUUCAGAGAGUAGGAGCUCCAGAGUAGAGUGUGAGGCACUUCACAAGCAACUUCAGGAGGAGCAACUGAGUCAUGCUGAGGCGAUGGCCUCGCUGGCUGAAGAGAGAGAAAAGGUGGGACUGGCCGAGACAGAAGUCAGAGUGAUCCAGAGGCAACUAGACAGAGAGAAGGACACUUUCGAGCAGGCAUUUGGUCUGCUGAAAAAUCAGGCAAUUGCGGACUCGUCAAAGGCUGAAUCAUUGGUUGCCAAGUGCUCAGCACUGGAGGCACUUUGUGCGAGAAAAGACGAAGAAUUAUCUGCUCAAAGAUCAGAGUUGAAGACAUUUCAUAAGAAGAUGGAGCAGUUGAAGCUAGCACACAAGAUGGAAGUACAAGAAUUGAACAUAAGACUACAACAGGAGAUAUACAUGGCGGACAAUGUAGGGUCUAGUAGAACCAGCACUAAGACUACUCUCAGAACUAAGAGAAAGCAGAAACAUUAGUACCUGUUAACCUGUACCAUGCAUGACUUGUACAUGUAUGUGUAUGUACCCCGGUAACCCAUGUAACAUGAAUUUGCAAA